GCGGGGACGAGCGUGGGGGGGGCGGAGGGUAGGGCGAGUCAUAUGACCCGUUCGGCUUCCUGGCUUCGGCCGCCGCCGCCUGCCCGUGUUCGCCAGUGGUGCGCCGCGGCCCCGAGGAGCCGUUGAGGGGUACGGGCUGAGGCCCGCUCGUGUGCAGGCCGUCGCUGUUGCUGUCCGCGCCCGCGCGUCCGUUCUCCCUCCCGGCCGCCAUCAUGCUGGCGCUCAUCUCCCGCCUGCUGGACUGGUUCCGCUCGCUCUUCUGGAAGGAGGAGAUGGAGCUGACGCUGGUGGGGCUGCAGUACUCGGGCAAGACCACCUUCGUCAAUGUCAUCGCGUCAGGUCAAUUCAGUGAAGAUAUGAUACCCACAGUGGGCUUCAAUAUGAGGAAGGUAACUAAAGGUAACGUCACAAUAAAGAUUUGGGACAUAGGAGGACAACCCCGAUUCCGGAGCAUGUGGGAACGGUACUGCAGAGGAGUCAAUGCCAUUGUUUACAUGAUAGAUGCUGCAGAUCGUGAAAAGAUAGAAGCCUCUCGAAAUGAGCUACAUAAUCUUCUAGAUAAACCACAGUUACAAGGAAUUCCAGUACUAGUACUCGGAAACAAGAGAGAUCUUCCGAAUGCCUUGGACGAAAAACAGCUAAUUGAAAAAAUGAACCUGUCUGCUAUUCAGGAUAGAGAAAUUUGCUGCUAUUCAAUUUCUUGCAAAGAAAAGGAUAAUAUAGAUAUCACACUUCAGUGGCUUAUUCAACAUUCAAAGUCUAGAAGAAGCUGAAGCAUCUCCUGAAGUCAUCCAGUCCUUCCUGGCUAUAAUCCUAGAAUUAUUGUCCGUUCCUCUGAAGUACUUCCCAGAAUACGGUCCUUCCUAAUCCCAAGAAAUUGCCUUUUUCAGAGUUUAUUUCUCAUGUGCACUGCUGAAGAUGUGUAUCCCUAAUCCUUCAUAAAGAAUCAGCUAGAGUUGUCAUGAUAAAGUCAGCACACACAAAAAAGCUUCUUAUACAUACUUGUCUUAAACAGUGUGUAGAGCUUUUUUUAAAAAAAAAAAAACAAAAACAAAAAACAAAAAACCCCAAACACAUGUGACCAUCUUAAAUCAAGACAAUUGCAUAUAUAUGUUCUGGUCUUUCUGGGCCAGAUUUUUAUAUUGGUUUUCGGUAAAUGUCUAUGAUAUUUCGUUAUAGAGUCCAUUAGCUUAAUACUGAUACUGACUUGAUACAGCAUGAAGUUUCUAGUGCCACACACAGUAUUUAGAAAACCUUUAGCCUGACUCAUGUGGGAUAAAAACAUAAUGUUUACCUGUCUCACAAAUGCAUGUGAAAUGUAUAAUUACACCUUAGGAAUUUAAAAAAUGGUCUGCAAAGAGUGAGCGAAGGCACCAGAUCAGUGUUGUUAAUUGGUUCUUUACACUGGUGAGAUCAUAUAUGAGUUUAGAAAACAUUCUGCUUUCUGAGAAUUCUUCAUCACCAGAUAGCAGUUGGGAAUAUGAGAGGAACUGAGGCAUGCUGUUGUGUAUCUGUCCAGAUCAUUACUUCUCUAUUUUUUCUUCUUCUUUUUUUUUUUUUUUCUGGGUUCAACACACUUUUUUAAAGGGUUGGGAAUCGAGGAUUUUCUCAAAAGCUUUCAUGAAUUUAGAGCAUUCCAGCCAAUAUAAUAAAAUGUGCUAAGAAUGUCAGACUUUGUUCAAACACCUGUUUGUUCUUUCUUUCUCCAGUCAUUAAAUCAGUGCUGCUGCAUGACACUCUAACUCUCGACUUUUUAUAUCCAGUCAUAGACUUUCAGCACAAUAGAUACUUAGAAAUAAAAAUUCUUAUUUUUCUCUCUUAUUGAUGUAAGGUUUGGCACUCUUUUGUCUGGUGCCAUUAGACAUCUCGAUUAUUGUGACAACUCUAGACCUGCCUGCUCUAUCUAAUGUAAUCAUGCGCAACGUCUACAGGUUGUUUAAUAAUCACCCGGGGAACUGAGGAGCUGAUGCUGUGGAUUGUUUGCUUCUAUGAUACGGAGAUGUAUACAAACUUAAAACGAACAUGUUUUGUAGUUUAGUGAUGUCCAUAUACACAAAGGGACAUAUUACUACUGGUUCACUUGUAAAUUGUUAUUCACAUAAACCACUGUAGUAGAUAAAAUUCUAUGGUACACCCGCUUAUGUGUUGCCUCACACUGUGUGUGAUUUUGUUUCUUUUGUUAAGCAGCACUCAUGUAGACAGUGCAUUUCCAGACAUGUUGAGCACUCAGAAGUGCAGUCAACAGUGAGUUCUUUUAAUGAAUACCAGUUUUAAUUUAUAGACUGCCAUGGCCUUAACAAUAUUCUGUACAAAGUACUGCACUGUGUUGCACAGAUACUCCUUGUUUUCCUCCAUUCGCAUUUUUAUGAGUAGAAUCUCAGCUUUUAAAAUUCUGUUCCUAUUCUUUGAAGCAUGUUGCAUACUUCCCUGAUGGGAUGGAUGGUUCUGUAAAUGAAGGGAAAUUUAAACUUGCUACUGUAGCUCAACACCAUUAAUGGUCACUGUGAACCAUUACAGAGAAUGUGGCAAUUUGCUUGUGCCUAAAAGGAGGAAUUGGAAUUAGAAAGUGUGACUCUGUGGGGAUCGCAUAGGUUUGUUAUUUGACCUAUAGCUAAACCUUAAAUAUGUUUGUGUGUCUGUUCAUUGCUUUCAGCAUUUCAAGACAUCCAAACUCUACUACCAACAUUUUCCUGUGCAUUAACUUCUGCAUGUGAAAACUUAACAGUUACUGAACUUUGUAAAUACGUGAAUUUUUUAAUUUAGGUGAUGCAUUUUUUGUCUGUUUACUGCUCUUCUCAGCUUUAUUCAAUAAACUUGCAUUUUGAGGGUU